CUGUGUGUCCCUGUGUGUCCCUGUGUGUCCCUGUCCCUGUGUGUCCCUGUGUGUCCUGUGUGUCUCUGUGUGUCCCUGUGCAGAUGGCAGCAGCCCCCCAGUGUGUGAGCUGUGCCUCCCCCGGUACAGCGGCCCGCUGUGUGACCAGUGUUCAGCCGGCUUCUUCAAAGCUGCUGGGCUGUGUGUUCCAUGUGACUGCAGUGGCAAUGCAGACCCUAAGGACCCCACCCCUGUCACCCCGACACCGGCCAAUGCCUGCGCUGCAUCAACCACACAGGCGGGGCCCGGUGCCAAGCUCUGUGCCCGAGGGCUUCAUCGGGGACGCUGGAGCACACAACUGCACCCGUCCAGCCCCCCGGCUCCUCCCCACACCGGCACAUAAAGCCACAACAGAGGCCCCUACAUCCAGUCCAUCUUCCCCCUCCACAACCACCACCAGCAUCACUUUGACCUCGGCCCAAUCAAAAGGCGUCCCAGCGUCCACAUCAGGCAGCAACAGCAGCACGGCGCUGAGCACCGCCUCCACCCAGGCGCUGCUGACCAGCCUGAGUCCCCCCACCGACAACACCACCGCCGCCCUGACAGACGUGUCCUGGACGCAGUUCAACAUCAUCAUCCUGGCUGUCAUCAUUCUGGUGGUGCUGGUGCUGCUGGGCUUCGUCGGAGGCGUGUACACCUACCGCGAGUACCAGAACCGCAAGCUCAAUGCCCCAUUCUGGACCAUUGAACUGAAAGAGGACAACAUCAGCUUCAGCAGCUACCACGACAGCAUCCCCAACGCUGACGUGUCCGGCUUACUGGAAGACGAGGCCAACGAGGUGGUGCCCAACGGCCAGCUGGCCCUCACCACGCAGGGCAACUGCUACAAGGCUUGACCCAUCCGUCCCCACACCGGACCGCUUAAAUAUACCGAUGACACAACGCUGCUGGAAAGUACCAAAUCCAAAGCUCCUUCAUGAAUGACUGCUUGUUGUUUCACUGCGGGUCUGCAGCACUUCACUACACAGUGAGAUCAAGCAGAUGUGAUCAAAUAUAUGGAAAAGACACGCAGAGUUUUCCCUUUAUGAUACGAUUUUGUGUUGAAAGGGCGAUCAAUGGCAAGGGUCCAAAGAGAAAAGUGUUUGGUUUGAGUUACAGAUUAGUUUGGUAAUUGGCAUGACGUACGACAGGCUCAAAGCAGACGGAAACGAUGAUCCCCACAUUUGUCAGAGGACUAACAGGAGCCUAACAUUUCAGAUAUUUAAAAUUGACUUUUGACUGUUUAUGUUUUAACUGGAUCACUUGCACAGUGAUCCUCAACUGAGACAAUGAUUGUUAUUUAAUGCAUUUUUUAUCCUGUUCUUAUUUAUUGGUUGACGUUUCAUUCUUGGGAGAAAUGCUGCACAUGUAUGGUGUGUUAUUCAUGGUGUUUUAUCUUAUGUGCUGUCGAACGGUAAUUUGAAUUGGCCAAUAUGUUUUCAUGUAUAGUUUGUGUGUUUUUGGAGAGAAUCAUAGGGGAAGACGAAAGGUGCUGGCACAAGAAUUUGAAUGACCUCACUUGUUUAUAGGUUCCUGUCUUUUGUUAAAGCGUGCCAGCUCACCUGAAGUAUCUACGAGGAGUGUUUCUUUCGAAGGAACUACCACUACCGUCUAUAAACUCCCACUACUACAGCUAGUGACUCAUACUGGGCCCGCAUAAACCACCAUCAUCUACUUGGAAUCUAGUCUGCUCUCUGCUAACUUCCUCAGCAAAAGUUAAACAAACGAUUGGAAAAUUGUUUCACAUUUAUGUAGAGGUUUGGUUCUGUGACUGAACAUUAAAAGACCUCUACUCUAGUAUUGAUGCUGUUGCUAUGGAGUGAAACCAGCCUGCACAAGGUCACAUUUCCUCAGCCCACUGAUUGUUUUGAUCAACUAAACUCAAGUUGCAUCACCUAAAAUUGCAAGCUGCUUUCAAAGCUUUACACCUGAUCCUGGGUCCGAUGUUUGCUGUGUUGUUAGGAUACCACUGGUUGGGUGCACUUCAUUUUAUGAAUGAGAAAAGCUAAUUCUGGAACUAACUCCUCAGGUACUGGCUCUUUCCCUAAUGUGAUCACUGUAAAUAUGAUUAUUGUACAGAUGAUUGUGAAUAGUAGCACUAUUAUUGUACAGGUAGAAUACUGUGUGUACACUGUCACUUAACAAGCUCCCAACCUUUCACCCUCCAGGGCAGGCACUGCAGUCGGCCAUCAGCUUUUUCUAUUUUUAUUUGUAUUUCUUAUUCUCAGUGGAUUUUGCCAUAUACGCAGCUGCGGGACUAAAAUGCACCAACCACAACUCAAAACAAAGAGUACAAUUAUGUAAAUAAUAACCCAAAUCAGAGCUCAAAUAAAGAUGGAUUUAACUGUU